UUGAAGGCAGACUUUUUCAAUUAAAUAAGAUACGAAAUAAAAGUGAAUUUUAAAAGAAAAAUUGAUGUUAUUGGCAGAAAUUGGAAAAUUCGUUCUUCACCAUAACAUGUUUAAGUGACCUUUGUUAGAACUCAAUGAUAUCAUUUAUGGGCUAUAUGAAACAUCACAGAUAGGGGAGGUUAAUCUUUACUUCUUCAAUAUUAAGUUUUUGUCAUUUAUUCCAGCACAAAAUAAAAAAUAACAAAAAAGUUAAUUUUAAAAAUCAUGAAUCGGGCCAGAUACCUGCAGAAAGGUUUGCGCUUCCUUUCAACAGAGGCCCAUCCGGAUUUUUCGACCGAUUUCAAAUCCUGGCACAUCCAGACCAGUUUUUUCCAAAAAUGCAUUUUAACCCUUGGAGCGACGACAGUCUCUUUGCUAGAUCCGGCCAGAGGAGAUAUGAUUGCAACUUUGGGUGAGACGACUGGUCAAAAGGCACUAGUGUAUAUGAAAAAUCAAAUGGAAUCAAGCCCUGAGGGAGUGGAGAUUUUGAAUACUCAGCCUCGAAUAAAUUCCCAAACAGUCGAUUUGAAGUAUUUAUCAACUUUACCGAAGGGGACUUUGGGAGAGGUGUAUAUCGGCUUCUUAAAGAAAAACAAUGUCACACCAGAUUCUCGCGCUCCGGUCCAAUUUGUGGAUGAUAAAGAACUAGCGUAUGUCAUGCAGAGGUACAGGGAAGUUCAUGAUUUAAUACACGCAAUCCUUUUCAUGCCUACAAAUAUGCUCGGGGAAGUGACUGUAAAGUGGAUAGAAGGAAUUCAGACAAGACUUCCGAUGUGUAUAGGCGGAGGGUUGUUGGGUGCGAUUCGUCUUUCUCCAAAACAGAGGAAGAAAUACGUGCAAACGCAUUUGCCUUGGGCGAUCAAAACAGGGAUGACAAGUAAAUUUUUCAUGAAUGUUUAUUUUGAAAAAAGGUGGGAACAACCUGUAGACGAGUUAUUAAAAGAGCUAGACGUCCAGCCUCUUAAUGUUAAGACAUAAAUAAAUAAUUGUAAUAUGUA